AUGAGUUCAAUUCCUCGUUCUUCUCUAAAAAAACACUCUGGAAUUCAUGACGAUCGAAGAGUCAGCUUUGCAUCACCACUAUCUUCCGAUAAAGGAGUCGCACCAUUGCCAAAGAAACGAUUUCAAAUUACGAAAAGUUCCAAAGUUAGCCAUGCUAGUGUUAAAAAAUCAAAACAAUCAGAAGAACUGGUCGAUAUAAAUUCGCUUGCCAAUCAACAAAGCGAAGUACUCGAGGAAAUUUGCGAAAUAGAGAACAAGUUUACGAAGCAUUCUGCUCUUACUCGGGAUAUGACUAUCGAAUUAACAAAUUUCAUCGAAAUAAUUGCGAACUUCUCAUCGGACUCCACAAAGGUGGAGGCACGGCUCGAAGAACAGUUUAUGAAACUCGGAUCGGUUGAGGCGAGCAUCAAAGAUUUGGUAGUUCAGGCUCAGUCGGUAUGCACAAAGUUUGAAACACGAAUGACUGCACGGUCUCAUUACUCUACUGGACUACUGGAGCUUCAAAAACUGUUUGGUUCAGUCAAUUGUAAGCAAAUCGAAACCAUGGCUGAGACACUUGUGGAUUACGAUACAAUUCUAGCAAUGGUUGACCAACUCGAAGGUUUCGUUGGGGAUUUCUGA